GUCAGAAUAAACUACAGAGUGAUGAUGAUGAUGGUGGUGACGAAGGAAGAGCAUUGAUGCUCAUUGAUAUUGUUUCUCAGUUCUCCAACAACCUCUCACUCGGGAUCUACUUUCUGCUGCUGCAGGAUACGUUUCACCACCACUGGAGGGAGGGGAACCUGGCGUCAGCGGCGAGGUGUGAUGUGUGUCGGCGCUCCUGCGGCUCAUCUGACGUCCUGUCGGGGAUCAGGUGUGAGUGGUGCGGCAUCACGAGCCACGCGGCGUGCUACCUCAGCGUGCCACCAGAGUGCACUCUGGGACGUCUGCGCUGCAUGAUGCUGCAUCCGGCCUGCGUCCGCCUAGACUCCAGAAACUUCAGCAAGAUGCACUGCUACCGCGUCAUGGAGAGCUGCAGCCAGGACCUGGAUAACUCGGAUGAUGUGGAUCAGUCUGCUGCUGCGCCGAAAGAGGGUCAGCCGGCGGCUCCAGAGUCAGGUUAGACCUGGAGAGUCAGGUUAGACCUGCAGAGUCAGGUUAGACCUGGAGAGUCAGGUUAGACCUGCAGAGUCAGGUUAGACCUGGAGAGUCAGGUUAGACCUCCAGAGUCAGGUUAGACCUGCAGUCAGGUUAGACCUCCAGAGUCAGGUUAGACCUGCAGAGUCAGGUUAGACCUCCAGAGUCAGGUUAGACCUCCAGAGUC